CAAAUCAGUAUCAUAAGCACGAAAAGUAGCAUGUGUGCGCCAGGAACCCGUAAAAGUGACUGAAAGCAAAGCUUUAUCAGCAAGACUGAGACUAGAAUUACAGCAGCAUGUCAGAGGCAUUUAUUCAGCGGAUAAAGGAGCUGGAGGCAGAGCUGGAGAAGCUCAAGUCCCAGCUGAGGGAGAAGAGUAGAGCUGGAGAGGACAUGGGGGUGACGUCCAGUCCAUCUACUAAUGAAAACACAGACUGCAAGCCUGAUGGUAACACCAGCAGCAGCAAGAAGGGUAAGAAAGCAAACAAAGAGCGUCCUUUUGACUUCUCUGCCCACCCUCGGCGCCAUGUGGCUCUCAGGUUGGCGUACCUGGGGUGGGCCUACCAGGGCUUUGCAGUGCAGGAGAACACAGACAACACUGUAGAGGCCAGACUCUUUGAGGCUUUGCUGAAGACUCGGCUGAUCCAGGACCGACAGAGCUCCAACUAUCACCGGUGUGGUCGCACCGAUAAAGGAGUCAGUGCCUUUUCACAAGUCAUUACCAUUGACUUGCGGUCCACACAGUUUUGUGGAGGACUGGGCGUCGUGCUCCCUGAAAAUGUUGAUUUAAGUACAAAGAAUAAAGCUCCUGUCUCUGAGGUUCCAUAUGUGAAGAUGCUGAACAGAGUCCUGCCCCAGGACAUUAGGAUCCUGGACUGGGCACCAGUGGCAGAGGGUUUCAGUGCGCGCUUCGACUGCCAGUCCCGCACUUACCGAUACUACUUCCCCCGAGGGUCUUUGGAUGUAGUAUUGAUGUCGGAUGCUGCAAAAAGAUAUGAGGGCACUCAUGACUUUCGCAACCUGUGCAAAAUGGAUGUGGGCAACGGAGUCCUGCAGUUUGAGAGGACCAUCUUGUCUGCAUCAGUCAGGCCUGUGGAGCCUCGGCACAACUCCAGCUCGGAUCAGUAUGACCUUUUCAUGUUUGAGGUCAAAGGAUUAGCCUUCCUCUACCACCAGGUACGAUGCAUGAUGGCAGUGCUUCUCCUCAUAGGGCAGAAACUAGAAGCCCCGGAGAUAAUUAAUCAGCUCCUGGAUGUUCAGAGUAACCCGAGGAAGCCCCAGUACAGCAUGGCAGUAGACUACCCUCUGGUGCUGUAUGACUGCCACUUUGAAGGUUUGACCUGGAAACAGGAGAGUGAAGAGGUGAAUCAUGUCCUGUCUGCACUGCAGCAACACUGGACACAGAGUGCAGUCAAGACCCACGUCCUCCAUGGGAUGAUCAAGGGUUUAGAGGCCAUAGGUGGAGUGUCCUCUAACCAUUGCUGGUUAGUAGAAGGCAGCAGGCAGAGAAACUACCGACCGUUGCUGGAGCGUCCGUGCUGCGAGAGCCUGGAGUCCAGGAUAGAUCAUUUUGUUAAAAGAGGCAGAUUGGAGCGUGAGGAAGGGGAGAACGGAGGUGAAAUGGUCCACAGAGGAAAAAGGUCCAAACAUUCCCACAAUUUCCCCACUCUGCCUGUUUCUUCAGAGACGCCAUCGUCAAAGCAAAGUUCAGAUCAGAAAACUGAAGGUUAAUAUUUUUCUGCCAGAAAAUGGACUUGCUAAAGUUUAUUUUGUAGUAAUUUUGAUGGAUGCGAAAACAUUGCAUUUACAUUUCACUUCAAGACACAACAUUGGAUUUACCUUUUUUAAUUCAUAGACAGUAUUUUAAUUUUCUUUUAUGCAAAUAUUUCUUUUACUUUA